GCUUAUUGUUUCUCACUAUUCUGUGGGUUGACUGGAUUCAGCCAAGUGGUUCUGCUCCACGUGGCAUUGACGGGGGUCGUUCGCUUGGCUCCCUCAUUGAGCUGGACUGGAGAGUCCAAGAAGGCUACACGCACAUUUUUGGUGUGUUGGCGCUACUCCAUGUGCUCUCUUAUAUAUGCCUAGACCUCUUAAAGGCCAGGCCCAGAACUGGGAAAAUGUCAGCUCUGCCACAUUCUAGUGAACAGAGCAACCACAAGUCUUGUUCAGGGAAAUGGAUGGAUUCUAUUUCUUGAAGGAUUAAGCAGCCCACACAUGUAGGGAGAGAAAAAAUUAAUGUGUCCAUCUUUGGAAACUACCUGCUACAGGUAGUGGUAGCGCAGCAUAGAUCUACUAAAGAAAUCAAGCGCAAACUUCUAUUUUAAAAUCAGUUUGUCAGAGGCCGGGCUACGCCGAGCCCUGCGUGUGAACAGCUGCGGCAGGAGCAGCAUCCAGCGGCGGUGCCAGCAGUUCCAGCCCGUUGCUUUACUUUUUAGCUGCACCAAAGUAGUCAUUAUGCCGAAGAGAAAGUCUCCAGAGAAUCCAGAGGGCAAGGAUGGAUCCAAAGUAACUAAACAGGAGCCCACCAGACAGUCUGCCGGGUUGUCAGCGAAACCUGCUCCCCCCAAACCUGAACCUAAACCAAGAAAAACAUCUGCUAAGAAAGAACUGGCAACAAAGGUUAACAAAGGUGCUAAAGGGAAGAAGGAGGAAAAGCAAGAAGCUGGAAAGGAAGGCACAGAAAACUGAAUCUGUAAACAAGGGAGAAUGAAUUGUCAUGAAAAUUGGGGUUGAUUUUAUGUACCUCUUGGGACAACUUUUAAAAGCUAUUUUUACCGAGUAUUUUGUAAAUGCUAAUUUUUUAGGACUCUACUAGUUGGCAUACAAAAAUAUAUAAGGAUGGACAUUUUACCUUCUCAUAGUCAUGAUUUUUGGAAAUUCCUGUCAUCCUUGAGUAAAAUAAAUACCAAUUUAAUAUUGGAAGCUGUCUGUAAAAUUGAUUCACCAUUCCAUGCACUUGCUUUAAAAAUUUAGUCCUGUGCAUACUGUGGUGUUUAUACUGUGUGUGUUUGAAUUUUUUCAUGCAGAUUUUCUAGAGCAAUAGUCAGUGGUGCUUUUGUACCUAGGUUUUAUGUGAUUUUAAUGAAACAUGGAUAGUUGUGGCCACCUGCUGACUAUUUGUGGUUUAAAAUAAGAGGUUUUCCUGCCUGCAAAAA